AUGACUCAGACAAACCCUGUGCCCAUGGGCCCAUGGAAGGUAAGCAUACAACAUGCAUGCACAACAAUCUGAGUUGGACCACCUCUUUAUCUUUAUUCUUGCACAUGUGUUUUGCAGAUCAGUGUGUACGAUCAGGAGUUCUUCCAGGGCAAGCGUAUGGAGUUCACCGCCUGCUGCCAGAAUAUCAUGGAGUGUGGGAUGGAGAACAUUCGCUCCCUGAAGGUUGAGUGUGGCGCGUACGUAUCCCUGGGGCUUUUCCUCAGUUGCUUUUGUCCAUGUUUGACUGAGACACUUCAAUAUAGAACUUUUUUUAUAGAUUCUGAGAGAACUUUGUGCUGAUAUUAUGUAGCUUUGCAUAAGAAUUCAUCCUCUCUGAACUUCUUAAAAAAUAUCAUGGCACAACUACAAAUUUUUAUGAACUUUAUGGAAAAGCCAAUCAUAGAAUUAUAGUAAAAGUUCUUAAGUUACAGGAAAAUAUAACAAGACUUUUUGCAAAUGCCACGAUCCAGUGCAUCCGACAUCCAACUGAAUAACAAGAAGACGGAGAAUACUUCCAGCUUUUCUCACUGUCUUAUUUUUCUCUCUUCUUGCAGCUGGGUAGGUUACGAGCACUCCAGCUUCAUCGGCCAGCAGUUUGUCCUGGAGAAGGGAGACUACCCCUGCUUCGAAGCUUACAGUGGCAGCAACUCUUACCGCAUUGAGAGGAUGAUCUCGUUCAGGCCCAUUUGCUGUGCUGUAGGUUCACUAUGUAACACAAAUACUUCGUAUGUCCAUUCAGGCUGAGCUUCAUCCUGAGUCCUCUCUCUCUUUUUUGGCACAGAACCAUAAGGAGUCCCGUAUGACCAUCUUUGAGUCAGAGAACAUGUUGGGUCGUCAGUUUGAGCUGAGUGAUGACUACCCCUCUCUGCAGGCUAUGGGCUGGAUAAACAAAGAGGUUGGAUCUAUGCAUGUUCAGAGCGGAGCGUAAGUCCAUUGUGAUGGUUAAUAUUUGGAGGAAAUACAACACAACAACCUGCUCUGAGUUACCACCUGUAUAACAUAUGUGGAUAGUAAGUGUGUGUUGUUUAUUUCUGCAGCUUUGUGUGCUACCAGUUCCCCGGUUAUCGUGGCCAACAGUACAUUCUGGAGAGUGACUGCCAUGGUGGAGAGUACAAGUGUUACCGUGAGUUUGGCUCCCAUUCCCAGACUCCCCAGAUUCAGUCCAUCAGGAGGAUCCAGCACUAA